GCAAUUGCAACUUGACACUUUCAAUCACGAAAGUCUCGCAACAUUAAGACGACAAUUAUAACUGAAUUUAGAUGGUGAUUUGAAAUCAUAAUAAGGAAAUUUGCAUUUAUCACAAGUGAUUUUAUUGCUGUUUAACAUAAAUGGGUCAAGCAGAAUAUGGUUGUGUUUCAAUCUAAAUGAGUCUGAUAUCUAAGAAUCACUCGAGACUUCAAUAUAAAUACUUGUUCAUCCAGAUGGAAAAUGAAAGAACAUACUAAAAAGUAUUCUGUAUAUUAACUGAAAACUUUACAUUAAAGCGUAUUCUACUAAAAUUAGAAUUACAUUAGCGAAGAACAUGCAUAUAAUAAUUAGCUUUCUAUUUUCUAAUUUUCAACAUACAAUAUAAACUUUUAGCGCUAUUUUGUUUUACGUCUUAAGCGGUUCACCACAUAAACGUCUAAAGAUAAGGUGACAUUGAAUAGUUUUACAACUUGCAACAAUAUUACAAGCUGCAAAUAUUCCAACAUGCUGAUUGUAUAACUCGACAUCAAUCAAGGUUAUCUUUGAAUGCUCGUAAACCCUUCAAGCUGCAACAUUCUUUAGCAUAGCUUGGCACUAUAUAAGACCGAACAAAUCCCCAUUUGGUACAUAAGUUUCUUUAACUAACAUUGAAAAUGGCGAAGCAAUACAACUGGCUACUUAUUUCCUUGGCCACUCUGCUCCUUUUAGUGAAUAUCGAGGCAGAGGAACCUGAAGAAAAGUUGGCAAUUCCUACGCAAUUUCCAUAUCAAGUAUUCAUUGAUGUUGCUCUGAAAUCUGAUAAUUCAAAAUGGGUUCCCAAGUGCAGCGGUACCAUUAUCUCGAAGAGUGCUAUAGUGACAACUGCUUCUUGCUUGGACACCGAAUUCGACUUGGCACAAAUUUACUUUGGAGCCGUGAACAUUUCGAAUGCAUUCGAAAUUGGACAAACUCGUAUGGAAGUAGAAAGGAAAUAUUUCGAAGUGCAUGAAGGAUAUAAUCCUGUUACUCUCAGUAACAAUAUAGCAAUAAUCAAACUACCCUUUGAAUUGGAGUUCAAUGAAUACGUUCAAGCUGUUUCGCUACCCAGCAAGUCAGACGCAAGUCACUAUGUUGGUCAGCAGAUGAUCAUAGCUGGCUGGCAUCAAAUUGCUACCAAGCAAAAACUCUCAGUUUGGGCGGUCCUAAAAUUUGUGGCGAAAGUAGUUGUGGUAGACUUGAUUGUUGAAGCGGUUAAGUGGGUAGGAAACAAAGUAAUCGAACUCUUAGCAGAUGAAGGAAGUCCGAUAACUAUGCAUAAGGAUAAUGUGAAUGUCGCUGUCGGAAUGUAUAGUAACAGCAAGGCAAAGUCAAAACUUUCGCACUUUGUUAAUUUUAUCAAAUUUUUGUCAUGGAUUAAGAAAAGAGUCUCAGAUGUCCGUAUCCAAUGAAUGAAACUCGAUAUUUGAAAAAUAAAUUAUGAUUGGCAUUAAUAAAAUGA